AUAAGCACGCCUUUUGAAAGGCCAAAACUACGGUUCCUUCACCAGAGAUGCUUUGUUCUGUCUAUUUGGGAUCCGUCCAGGGACACUUCCCUUCGUGGGCUUUUCUCUUCGCCGUUCACAGGUGACCUCAACCGUGAAGACUAUCCUUCAAAUUGCCCUUUGUGCUUCGAGAAAACCCCCAGGAAGGGCCUGCCACGGAAAUGUCGGGAACUACCCUUGACUCCUACAAUACUUCCGCUGCAGCAUCCCCUACCGGUCAAAAUAGCCAGACUCGUUACCAAUCAAACGAACCUCUCCCUUCGGCAACGAACGGCCAUGUCGCGGUCGACCAGUCAGCACGGAAAAGACACCAAAGAGUUGUCCUAGCUGACCCUGUCGCCCUCAUGUAUCUUGAAGAGGACCCAUCGACGACUCUGUUACAUCGCCGCACGCGCUUGCAAGGAUAUGAAAUCUAUAUUGUCGAGCAAUGGGCAUGCUCUCGAGUGCAUCCGACCCUCAUAAUCACCACUUACACAGGCGACCCUACGCAUCUUAUAUAUGUUGGAGUUCUAGGCGUCCCGACGGAUAGGGACAGCUGGUCCCCCCGUCUGAAACUCUACUUUGAUGCCGUGCAACAGUACCAUGCUGUAGCAAAGGAAACACCUCUGGGAACCUUGAUGGUAACGAACUUGAGUGCUUUCCCAUCAGCUCUUACAGUUAUUGCAGUGCCAGAUGGCGACACACGAAAAAACCGUGACCAUUUUAUUGUAAAUGAGAAUCUGAAACGUCUGGGAUGCGCUGGACGUGCAAGCUUGAAACUCCAAGAACCGUCCCCGGUAGUGGCAGCUAAGUUUCAUCAGUUGUACAAAACAAGUGACCGUGUGCCCUUGUAUGUCGCAGUGACCGAGCUCGUCAAGCAAUGUCAACUUGCGCUUACUAUUUUCGGGAAACUUGCACCGGAGUAUGCAGACGGACUAUUAUGCGAUGUGACAGAAAAAGCAUUGGGUGACUGGUGGGCAGAUAUCGGUACGGAUCUGUACAACAUUGAACCCAGUGACGGCAUAUUAGGUCCUACCACUGUUGCGGCGCUGCUGGGCACAUUGAUGGGUGCGCGGAAUCGGUUACAUGCUGUUGGAGCACCAGUUCCAAAGGACGUCUUUGAUUUGUCUAGCAUGAAACGAGGGAUCGGAAGCUUUCAGAAAUCGCAGAAGCUUGAACGCACGCGCCGACUGGAUCGCGAUACACUAGACAGACUUCAUCGAGUCAGUCAGAAACCGACAAACUCUGAACGUUGGGCUGGUGCCGUUAAAUCCACCGUUGCUGAACUUAGUGGAAAAGGUGGCGAGAUGGUUAUGGGAAUGGUGGGUCGAGAAAAAGGCGGUAUAUCCGAUAUCGAAACAUUAGAUUUGGAGCGAUUCGUCCAGCUGGUGCACGGCGAAAGAGCCCGAUGGCUGUGGCAGGGAAAGCCGCGAAAAAGCUCGCUCAAUAGCGGACUAGAUAGCGCGUCACGUCCAGAAGAUCUUGUCUUCACAACGGAUGAUCAGGGCAGUUACAUUUGGGCUGGUCGCAAGCGGUCUGCCGGCUUAGACUCGGGUGCCGAGCGUGUGUCGCAAGAUAAUGACAGUACGAAACGCCUUCAAGAACCUGCAACAGUUGUGGAAGAGAAGGAUUCCAAUCUAGGGCGCAUCGUCUCGCGUAGUCUCACGGAAAAGGUAUCUGAUGCUCGUGCUGGUUUUGGCAGAUUCAAGGAUGCGGUUGGCUUGCCCAGUCGUCGCUCCCAUCAAUACCAAAACCAUCACCGCCAUCGGCUAAAAGAGUUUAUAAACCCUGAUAUCUCUGAUACUGCCGUUGGUGAGGACGAUAUCGAGAAUGAGGUUGCUACUGUUGAUCAGAAAGAUUUUGGCCAUACACCAGGGAAGAAUAUUGACGCCCAACAAAUAGACAGGCCAAAAAAGGCUCCUCAAGACAGUGACUUUUCGAUACCCUCGAGCAAGUCAUCGAAUGUCAAAGUGGUGCCACCAGAAAUCCAUGUUGUACCGGAUUCUCCCCCACACUCAGAAAUGGACAAGCGGAGCUUGUCACCCAUACCUGCACAGCACGAAGAAACCAUAGCGGGAGAAAGUGAAGAGCAAGAGGAUGAAACUAAAGAACUUGAACUUACCAAAACUAGGUCAACCGAGGUGCUGAGUGAACAGGACGCUUCAGAAGGGACGGUGUUCAGGUGCCUCCGCCGGUCACAGAGUUUUCCUGGAGAAAGGACCGACUAUUCAACCUUUGCCAGAAAAGGCAAAUGGCCUCGUCAUUUAUCGUUCAGCACGGUAGAAGAAGUCAUCUUUGUUUGGGAUGGUUUCGAUACCGUAACAACAACCGAGUGGGACAAAGAACCUUCUAAAUCCCUGGACGACGCGAUUCUUCGUGAGUGCAUUCUCCUGUCCGAUGCACAGACUUUCAGCUCCGGAGUCUUGGAUCUGAACCGGCAAACAGUCCCUUGGGUUGAGAAGCAGGUCACUUCGGUGGAGCUCCUACAUCGUAAAACCAGUACUCUUCAAGAGGAAUUGGGAUAUCUGUAUCCGGAGCGUCUAGAAGAAAUUCAAGAACUUCGAGAACGCAUCAAUCAGCUAUUCGGAGAUGAAGGUUCGCGGUUGACCGAAGAGAUGAAGAAGAUUGAGCUACUGGGGGCGAAGCUGGAUUACGAAUUGAAUGUUCUGGAAUCGAAAAUUGAAGAUGUCGAGGAAGGCCUUCAGGAUUUCCAACGGAAUGUUGAUGUUGUGGAGAACCGAAUCAAGGGUCUUGUUCGGGGAGAACAAAAAAAUGGUACCUCGUGGUUUUCUUGGGCUGGCCGGAAAUUCGGUCGACUAUGAUACAUAUCUCACUUGCUUUUAAAUUCAUAAAUUUCACUGUGUAUAUUCAGGCAUCAAUGGCGGGCGGUGAGCCAUAUUCCUAUAUAUUUAUUAUACGAUGGAGUCUACGAAACUGC